AUGUACAUUUCUUGCCACCAUCACCUUUGUUUGUCUACUUGUGGUAUACAGGGGCUGGGCUACACUCCUUAUCCCAUCUCUGUAUUCAUUCAGUCCUUUGACCUGGGCCACAAGAGUGAUCCCUGGCAGGUCACAGCUAGUUUGUCAGGAGCUCCGCCAGGUGCCAUCCUCAUUGGCACCACCACAGUUCCCUACAGGAACAGCACUGCCACCUUUACCGACCUGUCUGUCAGCAAGCCCGGGGAAGGGUACAACCUCUCUUUCACCAUCACCUUCCCCAGCUAUGCUCCAGUCCUCACUGCCACCCUGGUGGAGACCUUCAGCUCAACACAGAUGAGUGCAGCAAUGGUCCUGCAGCAGCCCAGCAUAGUGCAGGCCAGACAGCCCAUCGCCAUCACUGUUCAAUUUGUUGACGAGGAUUCUGGCUUGGUGCUGGAUGGCCAGGCCUUCAAGGGCCAGACAUUUGUGGGUGAACUGCUGGCAAAGACUGCUGAGGGACACUGAGGUUAUUCAGAGGUAUGCCAAGUGAGAAACAGAAGAGAAUAUUACAAGGAGGAGGUAGUAGACAUCUGCUGAAAUGAUUACUCCCAGUGAAGUCUAAAGCACUGGAUCAGGGAGUGCUGUGAACUUAUCAUUAAAUCCAGCUAUGAUCUCACUGAACAGUUCUCUUUGUGUCUUCCUAUACAAGGUGGAAGUCACAGCCUGCCCUUUAAAGACAACUCUCUUCCUUCACACAAAACUACAAGCACCUAAUUACACAUACACCCUUCACUCAAAAUUCAAAAUUAUCAUGACAACUCCUACACCAGCCUUAAAGUCCCCAUCUGGGGAGGGGACCACAAACGUCCCCAGGUCGAACUGCUCUUCUGGUAUUGACCCUAAGUGUCUUGACAUCCCCCUCAAUUUUUUCUUCAUUAACUUCUGCAUCAUUCGCAGUCUUAGAUCUAAUUUUCAAUCUGUAAAACACCAUCUCUCCUCUACUAAACCUCAUUUUCUUUUCCUCACUGAAACACAGGUGUCUGAGGCAACUGACAUUAACCCCAUUUCUAUUCUCUCAUACUUUCUCUAUCCUCAUUUUCACUCCAAAGCUGGAUGUUGCAUUUAUGUGUGCAACAACUUAACCUGCUCUUGUGCCCACACUAUUGAAUUUUCCAAGUUUUCCACCAUCUGCCUAUGACAAGAGUCACUCUCAAACUAAAUUUAUCUGUGCUGUAUACCUCUCACCUCACUCCUCUGACUAUAAGAAAUUCUUUGACUACUUCCAAAGUGGAGCACAUUUUGAGUCUCUUCCCUUUUGCAGAGAUCUCCAUUCUCGGAGACUUCAAUGUUCACCACCAACUUUGGCUUUCCUCUCCCUUCCUGGUGAACUAGCCUUUAACUUUGCCAUCCUCCACAACCUAGAGCAAUUGGUGCAACACUCUACUCAUAAUCGUAACUGUCUUGGAGAUGCACCCAACAUUCUUGACCUUUUCAUAACCUCUAAUCCUUCUGCUUAUGCUGUCACCCUCUUCUCUGUUGGGCUCCUCCCAUCACAAUCUCAUAUUUGUAGCUUGUCCCAUCGCUCCAAUCUCUCCUCAGCAUUCCAUAAGCAGAAGUGCCUCUGGCAUUUUACCCCUGCUAGUUGGGGGAACCAGAGAAGGUAUUUUGCUGAUUUUUCUUGGAAUGACUACUGCUUCUGUGUCAGAGACUCAUCUCUGUGUGCUGAUUGCAUAACAGAGGUGGUAGUGUCUGGCAUGGAGGCGUAUAUUCCUCACUCUUUUCUUGAACUAAACCUUCCAAACCUUGGUUUAACACAACCUGUUCUCAUGCUAUAUAUGAUAGAGAGGUGGCCCACAAAAGGUUCUUGAGCCUUCCAUCAUCAAAAUCUCAUAGGCUUUAUAUUUUUUGCCUGGAACCAUGGUAAGUCUGUUCUACAACUAGCCAAAAACUCAUUCAUUAAUAGAAAGUGUCCAAAUCUUUCAAUAUUUAACUCCCCUCAUGACUUCUGGCAUCUAGCCAAAAACAUCUCCAAUAACUUUGCUUCUUCUUCUUUCCCUCCUUUAUUUCAACCAGAUGGCACCAUUGCUAUCACAUCUAUCUCUAAAGCUGAACUCUUAGCUCAAACCUUAGCUAAAAACACUACCUU